ACUGUGUUUGUGGAGAACUGCCUACUCAUUUGUAUUGGCCUUCCUUUGACCCUCGGGGCCAUCUAUGGUCUUUUGUUUCAGGUGAAAAAUGGUGAAGUUGCUCCGAUCUACGUCAUCAACCUUCUCAUCUCUGACCUCAUUCAGUUCUGCUGCAUGAUCGUUGAGGUGGCACAGCUUCAGAAUGUGUACUCAUUCAGUCCUAAGUACUGGGAUAUAUUUGAGGUCUUCAAGUAUAUUUACGACUAUGGUCUGGUGGCCAGUAUUGGCUUCAUGGUGUGCAUCGCUCUGGAAAGGUAUUUGGUCAUCGUCCACCCACUGUGGUACCGCUUCAGACGAACCAUCAAGACCUCUGUGCUGGUCUGUGUCCUGGUCUGGAUUAUUCCUCUUAUCUGUGUCUUCACUGAGUAUUCCUUCGGUUACGAAGUGUCCUUAGUCAUUUUCGCCAUCUUUUACCUCCUUCCUCUCCCGCUGAUCUUAUACUUUCUGAUUACGACCCUCAAAGCCCUGUAUGCUUCCAUCUCGGUCCCGCCUGAUGAAAAACGACGAAUUGCAGGAAUGUUGAUCCUGGUUUUGAUGAUUUACGCGUUACUUUUCCUGCCCACCAUCAUUGUGAAUUUGUACAUGUACGACCAAGGUAGCAACCCAUAUCUUCAACUUCUCAAUGAAUUGGCUCCUAUGUUUCUUAAGUUGAGUCCUCUGGCAGACUUAGUUCUGUAUUUGAUCAUGAGGAAAGGGACCAUACGCCAGCUUUCAGCCUGUUUGUGUUGCUGCAAAACAGACAGCAAUGAAAUCAGCACAGCAACUGUGAACAUAUCUGCAGAAAGAGAUGGAGAGAAACAUGGAGAGGGAGUUGAAGAGAAAAAUGGAGAGAGAAUUGAAGAGAGAGAUGGGGAGAGAAUCUGUAUUCACCUCUCGGUCACAUCACACGUUGACUACAAUUUCACUGCUACGCCGACGAUACCCAGCUCUCCCUCUCUACUGAACCAUCUCUCCUCCAUCCUGUUCACCAUCACCAACUGCCUCACAGUCAUAAAAACCUGGAUGAACAGCAACUGCAACAAAUCAGAUAUUGCUAUCAUUGGCCCCAAACCCAACCUCAACCUUCAGAUCCCCCAUCAAGAACAUCUUCCACCUCCGCAACAUUGCACGCCUCCAUGCCAACAAUGGACUUGUUUGUUUGUCUGUUUUCCAGCAGGAUUUGGGGAAAACUACGGGCCCAGUUUUCAUGAAACAUGUCGGAAGGCUGUUCCACCCAAUGAGGAAGAACUCUGA